AUGACGUGUAAUCCAAGAUGGGAAGAAAUCCAAAAUGAGCUUUUACUCACACAAAUUGCACAAGAUCGUCCAGACUUGAUUGCCAGAGUUUUCAAAUCGAAAUUUGAAGAAUUGAAAGAUGAUAUUGUGGUUAAGGGGGUUCUCGGAAGAAUAAUUGUAUAUGUGCAGUGUCUGCUUGAGGCAAGAGACAUUCGAAUGCUGUCAGCUUUAAGAAGAUUGUUUGCAACAAUAUUGGUAUUUUGUUUACCAAUUGGAGUAAGAGAAUCGUGGAAUGAGUUCUAUCCAUAUAUGGUAGAAGAUUACCCAUCAACAUCUGUUACAACAAAGACACAUCGUACAAAUAAACUUCUCAAUGAUUUAGAGGCAUUACUCUUGCAACAUGGAAAGCAUAUUACAGAGUAUGAUUUGCCGAUUUCAACUAGAGAAUGUGGCAAUGAUUCAGCUGUACUAAGACUUAUACAAGAUGAGUUAACUAUUCCUAAUGUAGAUGAAGAACUCACUUUAAUUGAGAAGUUGAAUAAUGACCAGAGAGUUGCAUAUGAGACAAUCAUGACAGUUAUUGAUCAUAAAGAAAGCAUGAUAUUCUUCGUCGAUGGGCCAGGGGGAACUGGGAAAACAUUUUUGUAUCGUACAAUAUUGGCAACCUUGAGAAAAGCCGGUCACAUUGCAAUUGCCACAGCUACAUCUGGCAUAGCAGCAGCAUUACUCCCUGGUGGAAGAAUAGCGCAUUCCAAGUUUAAGAUUCUUUUAACUCUCGAUGCCUUAUCUACUUGCUCAAUAAGUAAACAAUCAGACUUAGUUGAACUUAUUAGACGUGCCACCAUAAUUAUUUGGGAUGAAGCCCCAAUGGUGUUAAUUUUGGGUGGAGAUUUUCGUCAAGUACUUCCGGUUGUUCCAAAUGGUACAAAGGCAGAAAUGAUUGAUGCAUGCAUAGUCAAGUCCCCAUUAUGGAAAGAUGUCAAAGUGUUACAUUUGAAGUAG